GAUCUUCUGCUGGAGGAGUCCAACGUGCAGCCCGUUUCUACCCCUGUAACGGUGUGCGGCGACAUACACGGACAGUUUUACGACCUUUGCGAACUCUUCCGAACUGGCGGCCAGGUUCCUGACACGAAUUACAUCUUCAUGGGCGACUUCGUGGACCGGGGAUACUACAGCUUGGAGACGUUCACCUACCUGCUGGUGCUGAAAGCCAAGUGGCCCGACCGCAUCACCCUGCUGCGCGGGAACCACGAGAGCCGGCAGAUCACCCAGGUGUACGGCUUCUACGAUGAGUGCCAGACCAAAUACGGGAAUGCCAAUGCCUGGCGUUACUGCACAAAAGUGUUCGACAUGUUAACCGUUGCAGCUCUGAUGGACGAGCAGAUCCUGUGUGUCCACGGCGGCCUCUCCCCGGACAUAAAGACCCUCGACCAAAUCCGAACAAUCGAGCGAAACCAGGAGAUCCCUCACAAAGGAGCCUUUUGCGAUCUGGUGUGGUCUGACCCCGAGGACGUGGAUACAUGGGCCAUCAGUCCCAGAGGAGCUGGCUGGCUCUUCGGUGCAAAGGUUACAAAUGAGUUCGUUCACAUCAACAACCUGAAGCUGAUCUGCCGGGCGCACCAGCUGGUGCACGAGGGCUACAAGUUCAUGUUCGACGAGAAGCUGGUCACGGUGUGGUCGGCCCCCAACUACUGCUACCGCUGUGGCAACAUCGCAUCCAUCAUGGUCUUCAAGGACGCUAACACAAGGGAGCCAAAGCUCUUCAGAGCAGUGCCAGACUCAGAGAGGGUCAUCCCACCCCGAACGACAACACCUUAUUUCCUGUAAGCCCAUAAAAAAUAAAAAAAACCCAAAGAAGCUCAGUCUUCUCGGUCAGUGCGUAGAUACUGACCCGUGCACAGGCACAGCACUUGUCAUCCCAUAUAAAUUUUGUAAAUUACAGUCAGAGGAUUUCCUGUGCAUACAAUGGUGCCAACUGUUGAUCGUUAUUUAUGCCCUUUGCAUUAAAUUCCAUCAUCUCGUAGCUAACGUCACAGCAAAGUAACAUUGCUGUUUGUAAUUGAAGUAUUAAAAACCGUCGGCCAUUAAAAGAUGUUCGUAUUUAUUAAUGCCCGUCCCAUGUUGCAGUAAAAAGUCACUGCUAAGAAAACUGGAUGUGCUUUGUUAUAUAGUUCUUGUUUUGUUUUUUCUUCCCCCACCCCCCAUGGUUACAUGUGAAGGUCGAUGUAAGAUAAAAGCACUUGCACAAAAGUAAGAACUCUCUAUUGUGACAUUUCAGUUCCUAUGUCAUAUCUUAUAAAUAAACAUGUAUACAACAGAGUUUAUGGUGUAAACAUUUACAGACUUCAUGUUUGACACUUCAGUUGCCAUUACUCUGGUACCUUAAAGGAUGUCAUUUCUAGGUUUAGGAUCAGGUCUUUUGAGUUUUUUUUGUGUUGUUUGUUAAUAAAAAAAAUUAAAAGGG